AUGAGCUCUUAUUCUUAUAUUCACGCUCGCCCGCUUGCCUUUCUCCUCCAACUCGUCAAUUUCAGACUCGAACCCAACUCAGCCCUCUACACUAGAGGCUCAGGAACAGGAACAGUAACAUUGAACCUCUCGCUCCAGGGGUCAGCUCUCCAGUCAGUUUCGGGCUCGUACUCGGUGACCUCGCCGAAUCUUUUUGUCAGUGCCGUACCAUUGGGGUAUUUCUGCUUGAUGAACUCGUAG